UUAUUAAUAUAUAACUCACCUGGCCAAACAGUUUCAUAUUAGGGCCCCAAAUAAAUUCACAGUCUGUUACGACACAGUCCAGUUGCAAGCCACAUAUGUAACUAUAACUUUUCUAAUAGCCAUCUUAAAUAUUUAAAAUAGGUGCACUUAAUUUCAGUAUAUUUCCAUUAACCGAAUAUAUUCAAAGUGUUAUAUAAACAUGCAGUAAAUGUAACGUUAUUACUGAGAUAUUUUACUUUUUUCUACGAGACCUUUGAAAUCUCUGCUUGUGUAUGUUACAUGCAGAGCAUGUCUUAGCCAUGUGCCAGGCGCUCACCAGACGCACGUGGCCGGUGGCUACCACGUUGGGCGGGGCAGGUCUAGCAUAAGCCCAGAUACUGUCAGAGCAAGUGAGGCCGAUCUGUGAUUGGAAUUGCUUCUUGAGGAGGUGCACAGCUGGGCGACACACAAAGCAGACGUGUUUAGAGCUCGUGUAUUUAACACUGGAGGAUCUGGGACCGGGCCGGAGGGUUAGUCUGAAGCCGCGGUUCUCCCUUUGAUCUCCCUGGGCCUGUGCUUCCUCCAGUGUGGACAGGAGGGGCCUCCCGGCUCCUCCCAGCAUGUUUUCCUAGAUCUUGAUAUACCUGGAGCUGCCUGGAGCAGGUCACUCCUGAGGAUCCCCAGUGCGGCUGACUGCCCCCUUGCAGACAGGAGGUGGCCCAUGACUGUCUGGCACCCCUCUGGGCCCACACCCGGGUGGCAGGGAAUAGUAGCCCCUCCCUUGCCUACCUGGGAAGGACACAGGCUGCCUUAGGAGGCUCUAAGUGGAAUUCAGUGGGAAUCAGCAUUAUUAUUGAACUACUUAAAUAUCAUAGCCUUUGUAAGAAAGGGCCUUUUAAAUAAGAAUUCCUGGCAUUUGGUUCUGAAUGACUAUUAUGCAACUUGACAGACUCAGCAGGAAUCGGUGUCUUGCAGCCCGUGAAGUCUCCUUAAAAAUGGAGCACUUGACUUGUUGCAUCUGACUCUCCUUCCUUUUUUCUUUUAAGAUGAAUGAUUUUGGAAUCAAGAACAUGGACCAGGUGGCCCCUGUGUCUAACAGUUACCGAGGGACACUCAAGCGACAGCCAGCCUUCGACACCUUUGAUGGGUCCCUGUUUGCCAUAUUCCCCUCCCUGAAUGAAAAGCAAGCUCUCCAAGAAGUGCCCACAGGCUUGGAUUCCAUUUCUCACGACUCGGCCAGCUGUGAGUUGCCUCUGCUAACUCCCUGCAGCAAGGCUGUGAUGAGUCAAGCCUUGAAGGCUACCUUCAGUGGCUUCAAAAAGGAGCAGCGCCGUCUGGGCAUCCCCAAGAACCCCUGGCUGUGGACGGAGCAGCAGGUCUGCCAGUGGCUCCUCUGGGCCACCAACGAGUUCAGCCUGGUGAACGUAAACCUCCAGAGGUUCGGCAUGAAUGGCCAGGUGUUGUGUAACCUGGGCAAGGAGCGUUUUCUGGAGCUGGCACCUGACUUUGUGGGCGACAUUCUCUGGGAGCAUCUGGAGCAAAUGAUCAAAGAAAACCAAGAAAAGACAGAGGAUCAGUAUGAAGAAAACUCCCACCUCAACUCCGUUCCUCAUUGGAUUAACAGCAAUUCAUUAGGCUUUGGCAUGGAGCAGGCGCCGUACGGAAUGCAGGCGCAGAGCUACCCCAAGGGCAGUCUCCUGGACAGCCUGUGUCCGCCUGCAGCGGCGCCCGGCGCCCUCAGUUCCGAGGAGUUCCCGAUGUUCCCCAAGUCCCAGCUCAGCGCGGUCGGCGUCGGCUACUGCUCCGUCGGCCAGGACUUCGCCGGCGGCAGCGUGAAUCUGAUGGGCAGCGCCUCUGGGAAGCCCGGAGACCGUGACUCCCCUGAGAAUGGCGGGGACAGCUUCGAGAGCUCAGACUCCCUGCUCCAGUCCUGGAACAGCCAGUCGUCGCUGCUGGAGCAGCGGGUGCCUUCCUUCGAGAGCUGCGAGGACGACUGCAGCCAGUCCCUGUGCCUCAGCAAGCCGACCAUGUCUUUCAAGGAUUACAUCCAAGAGAGGAGCGACCCGGUGGAGCAGGGCAAACCAGUCAUACCUGCGGCCGUGCUGGCCGGCUUCACAGGAAGCGGACCGAUCCAGCUGUGGCAGUUUCUCCUGGAGCUGCUCUCCGACAAAUCCUGCCAGUCGUUCAUCAGCUGGACUGGCGACGGAUGGGAGUUUAAGCUUGCUGACCCCGAUGAGGUGGCCCGCCGGUGGGGAAAGAGGAAGAAUAAGCCCAAGAUGAACUACGAGAAGCUGAGCAGGGGCCUGCGCUAUUACUACGACAAGAACAUCAUCCACAAGACGUCGGGGAAGCGCUACGUGUACCGCUUCGUGUGCGACCUGCAGAACUUGCUGGGCUUCACGCCCGAGGAACUGCACGCCAUCCUGGGCGUCCAGCCGGACACGGAGGACUGAGGCCCGGGGGCUGCCCGCGGGGCCACCCUGACCGGCUGCCCCGGGCCCUGCCAGGCCGCUGGAACGCUCCAGGGAAGUCGCCGAGAGGCAGUGGCCUUAUUUCAUCCGAAACCGCAGCUCUCCGCCCAGCGCGCGGCGUGUCGCCCCGGCUCCUGCGGACGGGGGAGCGCCGUUCACGAUGCGGUCGCGUUGCAGUGGCCGAGGGCGCGCUCCGAGCAGGCUGCGGGCAGGGCCGCCCGGGCUGCGGGCCCCUCUCCACGGAGUGAGCCCGUCCUGGACGCACACAUCUUUCAUUUUCUUUGGCCUUUUGCCACCAGGAAUCACAAAUGCGAAAGCGGUCUCUGUUUCGGAGGGCAGGAGGGGGCAAGAAAAACAAUCGUGCCAUUUCAGAAGUUGGUUUGUAUAUAUGAUUGUAAUCUUAUAAUUGUUAUCGAAAUCCUCUAACUGUUCUAUUUAACAGAUAUUGUAUAUUGUAAUUUAAAAUAAUUAUAUUGCUGUAUGUGAAAUAAGAAUGCAAUGUUGUAUUCCAUUUUUCAAGAGCGCCUGUGGCAUUUUGCAAACAUGAAUCUGCCACCGGCAGGCUAAGAGAAUUUGUAAAGUGUAUAUUAUUUACAUUUAAUAUGCCUACAGAAAUAAGGUCUACGAGGGUCAAUCCCUGUUGUUUUGUUUUGUUUUGCCUGGAUUGUUAUCUGGCAAGGAGUAUGUACAUUUGGGAAUUUUUAUAAGAAACGUAAUGUUAUUUUCUGGGGGCACCUCUGGCCUCUGGUUUCCCCUUUUAAAAACUGUAAUGUAAAACCUAUAAAGCAGUAUUUUUCUUGACAAAUGGCAUAUGUUUUCCAUUUCUAUGCAUGCCUGUAAGUCAGUUGAUACACAAAACUUAUCUUUUUUUCUUAGUUCACUUGUGUUUCCCCCACAGCUAACCUCCCGACCAGCCAUUUCCACCCCGAGCGCCACUCCCAAGCCCCGAGUGACUGUGUGAUUAAAAUAAGAAUACUAUUUUUGGAAAUCUGCAACUCCUUUUCAGAGAUCAGGAGGGAUUUAUGUAGCAGCUAUUUUUACUGUAAAAGUAAUUCACUGGAAAAAAAUGUAAUUUGUAAGAAAGCUUUAUUUUUUAUCUGGGCUCCAUGUAAAGUUAAACAUACUGAAGGUUGGGGUGGGGGGAUCUAUGAAACGUCGGACGUGAAUGGAGGAUGUUUGUCCAUCUUUGCUCACCGCUGAGUCUCGGGCUGUCUGGAUACCACGCUGCUCCUUUCUGCUCAGCGACCGCAGCAACACAGUUUGGGGGUUUUGUUUUUUUUAUUUGGGACGCAGAAUGCCCGGAGGCCAAGGGGGUAAGCAAGGUGGGAGAGAGAAAGCACUGGACUGGUUCACACGAAGAAAACGUUUCAGUGGCGAUGAAGACUUUGUUUCUAAGGACUCCCUGGGGCAGCGUGUACUCCUGGCCUUCCUAAGUGAUCCGGCCCAGUGGGUUGUGAAGGCAGACAGGUGUCCCUGCACUGUGAGGACACCUGGACCCGGCCGUGUGAUGAGACCAUGGGGUUGGCGAGAAGGGCGGAGCUGCCUCGAGACCCACACAGGACAGUUUCCAGUAUCUUUAAACAGGAUGUUUCUCAGGCGGGACCUGUUUAUCGCUCGGACAUCUGUUUAUAACAUCAGCAGACAUGUGGCUGGGAACACGUUGCUGCCAAAACAAACGUUCGCCAUCGGCUCGCUUUAUAUGGGGUCGAACCACGUGGAAUCAAUACUGGACUGUUUUUUAAUCGACCGAGUUGGCAGUUUCAUGUGGUCCAACCUAGUAGUGACGGGAACACGUCCCUUACAAACCUCUGGCAUGGUAAUGAACAGAACUCAAGUAAAAAAUUUUUGUAAUUUGGCAGUUUCUUUCUCAAAUAAAGUAUUUUGUUUACAUAAA